GAGAUAUCUUUGUCAGUCAGUCUCAAUAGAGUUAGAGAUAAACUCUGGAUUUUGACCGUUGACCUCUCACCCCAUUUAUUUCCUUUCAUCCAUCCAUCCUGCCUUUAGUCUUGUGGCUGCUGCUUCCUCGUUGUUCUGCUGCUUAGGGCUGACUACCGUAGCUACUAGUUGUGUUGAUUGAUCCAACUGCAUCAGAAUGAUGUCCGCCGAAUCUCCCUCGAGGGCUGUUCCUGAAUCGGUCUUGCUGUCUUUUUUUGCCGAGGCAACCAAGGCGUUGAAUGGCUGUUCGACUCUUGAACCUCUUUCGCUUUCGCAAUGUCGAGAGAAAUUGUUGGAGGAACAGAAUCAUUGCCUAGAAAAGGUGCUCGGCGAUCACAAUGCGUCCCAUGACGACGACAUCGCCAUUUCCAAGGGACAGCUUCAGGAAGCCCUGACGGAUCUAUCCACCCGAACCUUUGGCUCCAACACUGGUUUGAGUGAACAGCACGACAAUCUCCUGCCAGAGGCCAUUGAAGCCAUGACGGAUGCAGCACGGCUAGCGUUUGCCCGUCUAACACUGACAUCUGAGUGUCUGCGAACGGGCACCACUAGUUUGAAUGAUUCCCCCAAGGAGAGUGCGAAUGCUGCCACACCACCCAGAACCCUGAAAACAAGCCAGCUGGCACGAUCCGAUAUGCUCGAGUUCUGCGCCCUCUGCCGAGCAUCCAUUCGUCUUCCUACUGUCCUAGCGCAUAUCAAAGAUCCAAAACAGCCGUUGCUGGAAGAAGCAAAUCAAACGAAAAAUGCUGCCAAUGACAGACCUCGCUUACACAUCCCACCACUCAAGAGAUUGGAGAAUUUGCAACGUCUAUUGCUGCAGGCUUUGGGAUAUGAUGCGGACAUGGGACUUACAGAAUUGGCACGUCAAGUCAGGAUGGGGGAUGGAAACGACGACAUCGAGUUGGUUCAGGUCAUUCAACAAACCAAUGCCUUCAUUUUGCAGACAAUUCUAGGAGACAGCAGUAAUCACGGUGCCGCCCCCCUGCUCUCUGAUCAAGAUCAAGGAGGCGUCACGAGAGUGGUUUCGGUGCAGCAUUCAGAAGCGAUUGUGCAGUUGGGAGAUCCAUCACAAGAGGAAGCAACCAUUGCCAAUGGAGUCGCAGAACAAGUCUCGGCUUCCGUAGCCCCUCGUUCCCAGUCCAUGAGAGCAGAGGAAGAAUUGGUCACACAGCAGCAAUCUACUUUUUCCAUGGCACAAAAAGCCGCCGCAUUACGACAAUCCCUCGUGCAGGAAUUAGAGCAAAUGUCGGAACAGGAGCGUGGAGACCUCCUACAGCAAGCAGAAAUCGCCCUCUUUGACUUUCAGGAAAAGGCCAUGCAAAUACCUGCUGGACCCGAACGAAUCGCUUUCUUAACGUCCAUGGAUGCUCCUACGCAGCGGUUGCUGGCCAUGCAUAGGAUUUGGCAGGAACAAGUAGCAACACAAGCAAGCAACCAGACAUCCGAGUAAUGGCCGACUCUGAAGACUAUCAAAGACCGAAUCCAUACAAUCGAGGCAAUCACCAGAACCAAGCCACAUGUUGGAAACCCCAAUGGAUUCUAUGUGUGGACUGCAGCCAGCAAUUCUCUUGCCGUGAGAGAUCUCGUUUCCUAUGAGGGGCUGUAAUCACUCGCUGUUGGUCUGUGCCAUCCAAAUCAAGUUCUGUUGGGAUGCACGAUCAACCUUAACAAACAAUAAAAGCGGUACCAGAAACCUGGCCAGAAAGCCACAAAUUUAAUGGAGAACUCUUGAACCUACUUUCAUUUAUUUCUUAUGAACCAUUUGGAUACACUAUCUAGGCUCACACAAUCGCUGAAGGUAUGAGAAGACAGCUGGAAUGUAACAGAUUACUAUAUACCUAGUGCAGAUGUGGUCAUCCCUGUGAUAGUUGCUGCUUGCCCAAGAUUGUCUCUCCAAGGAGUCUGCUCGAAGUCCCUCUUGGAAGAGACCAGCAAAUCUGUGGAAAAUCCUUAACUAACGGUGUCAUCCGCAUGGCUGGCUGGUCCUACACCAUACUGCAGUUGAUGAUGUUCAUCUACCUUCCUGUAAAUGCAAUCAACACCUUAGAGUGGCAAUGGAUAAUUGCAUCCUACGUGCCGAUAGACACAUCUUGGAGCAGGCUGUAGAUAUCUAGCUAGCCACUGAGGUGGAUGGUGGGAAGCUUCAAUUGCUCAACCACAGCAUGGGCACCCCAUUCAGUAUAUAGCUGUUCAGCAGCUUCAACUUCAAUUUUUUGCAUCUGAGCAGUUACCCUCACCUAGUACAUAAUGAAG